GGAGACGUCGCAGUGACCAUACGUACACUCACAUCCAUCACUCGAGCGUACAGCCAUCAUCGCCUAGUCUCCGGGACUGACAAGGAGCCUCGAUUACGUACCUCACAUAUAUCUCCAAGGCUCACCAUGCCGACAGCGACGAAGCGUCAGAGCCUUGGCGGCGGCGGCGGCGCCAAUGGGUCCACAUCAUCCCCUUCCGCUUCCAAGGCCGCUUCUUCUUCGAAGAGGAAGGCCAACGAUGACGACUUCAUCAUGACACUGGACUCGGAUGACGAAGACGCUGCUGCAACUACCUCUGCUGAUGUCGCUGGCCCUUCUUCCAAUGGUCGGGCUGCAAGCGUGGAUCUCGAGGAGAAGGCCUCGCCUCCUCCUCCUGUCAGCGCCCCGACUGCCAAGCCCAAGGCGCAGCUAGGCAAGAGGGAGAAAAUCAUCGAUGGCAAGGGCAAAGGCAGAGCUCCGUCUACUUUUGAUCCAUCUGCAGCAGGAGAUGAGCUGGCGCUCGACAAGGCCUUCUCUUUCGACGUGGAAGAGGAGGAGGGAGGACACAAUGGCUGGAACUUCAACGUCAAGCAGGGCGGCGUGGAGGACGGCAGGAUCACAGUGGACGACAUCAUCGAGAGGAAGCGGAAAGAUCGGGGAGACGAGGGACUGCAAUUCUCAGACGAUGAAGACGAGGACGAAGCAGGAGAGCCAGAGUGGACUGGCUUCGGCGAGGAGGAGGAGGAGGAGGCCGAUGAGCCUGAUGAAGACGCGCUCGGAGUGACAGACGGCGAUGACGACGAGGACGGCAUCGACGAGUUUGGAGGAGGUGUCAAGCUGGCCUCUGAAUCCGAUGAUGACAGUGAAGACGAGGACGAGGACGAGGACGACGAGUCAGAUGACGAAGAGGACGUAGAGUCUGCCUACGAUUCUGGCUCGGACGAGGAGUCUGACCAAGAGACAGCGGUGGACAAAGCACGCAAGGCAGCCUACUUCGCCUCUGAAAGCGACCUGCAAGCCAAUGGAAAGCCCAAGAAAGAGGGCGAGGAUGAAGAGGUGACAUCCUCUUUUCAGUCAUUCUCCCUGGCGCGGCCUCUUCUCCGUGCGCUGGCGGACCUCUCCUUUGCCACGCCUACACCUAUCCAGUCGCGUACCAUUCCGAUCGCUCUGGCAGGCAAGGACAUUGUAGCUGGAGCCGUCACUGGAUCUGGAAAGACUGCUGCCUUCAUGCUUCCCAUUCUCGAAAGGCUGGCUCACCGACCUCGAGGUCAGUCCGAAGCCAAGACACGAGUCGUGGUCCUUACCCCAACUCGAGAGUUGGCAGUCCAGUGUUGGAACGUAGGCAAAGCGCUGGGCAAGUACACAGACGUGCGGUUCUGUCUCUGCGUUGGUGGUCUGUCCCUCAAGUCCCAAGAACAGGAGCUCAAACUGCGUCCAGAAGUCGUCAUUGCUACACCUGGUCGUCUGAUUGACCACAUCCGCAAUUCUGCAUCGUUCGGUAUCGAAGACAUUGAAAUCCUAGUCAUGGACGAGGCCGAUCGAAUGCUCGAAGAGGGAUUCGCUGCAGAGCUGAACGAGAUCAUUCAGUCCACUCCGAGGGGACGUCAGACGAUGUUGUUCUCCGCUACCAUGACUGAUGACGUCGACGAGCUAGUCAGGCUGAGUCUCAAGCGGCCAGUGCGACUCUUCGUCGACCCCAAGAGGACCACUGCCACGAAACUCAUUCAAGAGUUCGUGAGAGUACGAGGUGCAACAGGAGGAGGACCCGACGGCGAGGAGGUGAGACAGCCCAACUCUAAACGUACAGAGGACGAAGCUCGUCCGGCGCUCCUCCUCUCGCUAUGUCUGCGUACCUUCCGCCACCAAGUGAUCGUCUUCCUCCGUUCGAAGAAGCUAGCCCAUCAGCUGAAGGUCCUCUUUGGCCUCAUGGGCCUCUCGGCGGGUGAGCUGCACGGAGACCUCUCGCAGGAGCAGCGUCUGCACGCUCUCCAGUCCUUCAAGGAUGGCCGAGUGGAUUUUCUCCUUGCUACCGACCUCGCCUCGCGUGGUUUGGACAUCAAAGGCGUUCAAACAGUCAUCAAUUACGACAUGCCUGCCCAAUUCGAAAUCUACAUCCAUCGAGUUGGUCGAACGGCUCGUGCAGGCAACAAUGGUCGUGCGGUGACCUUGGUGGGUGAACAAGACCGUCGUCUUCUCAAGACGGUCCUGAAGAGCUCUCCUGCAGAGCAGAUCAAGCAUCGCCUCAUCCCCGUCGAGGUAGUGGCGAGUGUGCGUGACAGGAUCGAAUCUCUCAAGGGUGACGUGGAGGAGGUGAUGAAAGAGGAGAGGGAGGAGAAGGCGCUCCGCCAGGCAGAGAUGGAGCUCAAGAAGGGCACCAACAUGAUCGAGCACCGCGACGAGAUCAUGAGUAGACCAAAGAGGACUUGGUUCCAGACUGAAAAGGACAAGGAGGCAAACAAGAACCUCUCCGCUUCCGAAUACAGGAAUAAAGUCGAUCCCGCCUCCGCCUCGCAAAAGCGCAAGGAAGACCGACAGGCCUCCUCCUCGUCCUCGGCAGCAAAGCAUGAUCGCUUUUCUGGUCUGUCGCGCAAGCAGAAGCGCACAAAGAUGGCAAAGGAGGAGCUUGCUGCCGAGGAAAAGGGCAGCGGCAUGGGCCGAGGAGCCAUUGAGGCGGGGAUUCGCAGCGCGAAGAAGGCUGCUAGGCCUAAAGAAUUGGGUAUCCCCGAGCCACGCAAGGGCACAAAGGUGGCCAAGGAGGGUGCGGGAAAGAAGAAGAAGAGGAGCAGUAGUGCUGCCCUCAAGGUGGGCAAGAAGGGUGGCGGGUUCAGUCGAGAUUUCAGCGAGAGGGGAGAGGGAGGUGGUGCUGGUAAGAGGUCGAGCGGCGGUAGCGGUGGCGCCGGCAGAGGUGGUGGGUCUGGUGGCAAGUCGAGGGGCUCGCCAGUCAAGAGGGGUGGCAAGGGUGGUGGCAGGAGGUGAAAGUAAUUUAGGUACUCCCCUCACAAUACAGACUAUUACUUCCAGCUGCAUUGGAUCCGCCGACGCAGUGCGAAGGAAGAAGGCGUUGUCAUUGCUCAAAACGGA